CGAUGGAAUCUCCGGCCAGACAUGGCUACAGCUACAGCAGCAAAAGCUGCGCGCCAGAAAGGAACAGCAGCGACGUGAUCAUUCAAAUAGCUUUAGUUACAGCUACGGCAGCCCCGCAUUCCCCACGACCGGCGCUGAGAUCUACAAUGGCAGCGCGACGACGCAGCACCGCCGCAGCCAGACGCUUUCGCCGGUCCGCAACGACCGCAACUACCACACGCUUUCGACGACGACGACGACGACCAACAACAGCAGCAGCCGGACCCACUCGACCGAGCGACCCUUCGUGGCCGUCAAGCGAGCCCACGACAGCGCCAAAAUGCAAUCGAUUGGUUCCUCACCGUUGUCAGUCCUAAGUGCUUCGCCGCACGGUCACAUUGCACAAGCCAAUCGGCAACAGGCGGUACCAUCUCCGUCGCCAUCGGUAACAUCUUCAUCGACGACGGUAGAGCAUGGCAUGUCUCAUCUUAACCAACAACAACAACAACAGCAACCACAACAACAAUCGCCCCAACUUCAGUACCAAGCUACGUCAGCUAACGGUAGCGCGCACAAGAGUAGUAGUUUAACUAGUAACACCAUCAUCAGUAACCACCAUCAACAGUACCAGGAUCAGCAACAAAAUGGCAGCUUCACUCAGAAGCAGAUCCAAAAUGGGCUGCUCUCGCUGGCUGAUCACGAACAUUCGACGCCCAAGCACGGACAUGUGAGAUUGGAGUCCGAACAGCUAAUCUUCAGUAACAUAAACAGUCUUAACAACCUAGAAACUAGCGACAAACUAAGCCACCUGCUGAACGACAUCACUAGCAGUGCGGCUGCGGUCCUUCGGGCUGCGUCCUGCACUAGUAGCAAAAGCAGCAGUAGCGGGAGUAGUUGUGCCAGCAGUCUCAGCAGCAGUAACAAUGUCAAUGUCACUAGCAACGCCACAGCCACUAGCAAUAACCAUGUCGCUAAGCCUUCUAGUUCUAGUACUACUACUUCUACUACUACCAAUAGUUCGUUCAUUAGUCCCCAUCAACAACAUCUUCAUAAUCAUAACUCGCCAAUACAGCCUAGCAAUCAUCAACGGCUCCAUUUUCAUCAUCAAAAUGGUCAUUCUACUACGGCGUCGAACUUUCGAAGGCCAUCGCCCCCAGAACCCAUGGAUCUGUCACCGGAAGAUACGCCGGGCGCCGCCAACCGUUACCAUCUACGGAUAGGUGAAGAAGAAUUCUCGACUACGAGCGCCUUGGACAAACUGCUCGCCACUCUAACACUGGAGAGAAAUGUCAACGAACAGCACCUGGCCAAGAUCGACCAUCAGCAGCGUAACGGAAACGAUCUGCACCAGAGCCACGUAACGGAGCUGUGUGCCGUAAUUGCCAACCUUACCGAGUACAAUCUCUCCGAAUCGGCUCAGCAAAGACUGAACGGCAACGAGCUGAAUUAUCAACAACCCGUCGACCAUCUGGAUUACAACGGUAACGGAUUUCAGCAUCACCAUCACGCGCCGGAACGAAUCGGUGCCAUCACCAAUCACCAGCAAAUCCGCCGGAUCGCGUCCGAAAGUGACAGUACCAUAUCGUCCGUUUCACCAAGUCUGUCCGAACGAAGUAACGGCGUUAUCUCCUGGUGCGAUCAGGCCCGGGAGGAAUCGUUCUCCUCGUACCGCUCGGAGACGGAACCGGACAACUCGCCGACCGGUGGAUCGCCCCGGCCCGAAACGCCCGCCUUCCCCGUGACGCCCCGAACGCCGUACGGUCUGGCCAAUGGCACCUCUAGUCCAGCGCUGCCGCCCAAGAGUCCGACAUCACAACGAAAAUAUAACUCGACUUGGUCGCUCCGAAGUCAAAAAUCGACCGUUUCAACGUACGACUUGAGCAAGGACCUCUUCUCCGGUAAUCGUCAGGAAAUCAUCAACCAAAACGAAACGGUUUCAUGCUACACAUCACGUCGCAACUCGACGACCUCGAACGCCAACAGCGAACCCCAGGAGGUGGCCCCGCAGUUCGUCAAGUUUGCCCGCGAUUCCUCCAAGUAUUGGUACAAACCGGGCAUCACCCGCGAGGAAGCGAUCACCUUGCUGCGGAAUGCCCCUCCGGGUACGUUCGUGGUGCGCGAUUCGACCACCUUCGCCAAUGCCUACGGUCUGGUGGUCAAGGUCACCCAUCCACCGCCGGGCGUAGCUUCAAAAGGUCCCAACAGCGACGAGCUUGUGCGGCACUUCUUGGUGGAACCCACCAUUAGGGGUGUCCGGUUGAAGGGUUGCGCUAACGAACCAGUUUUCACAUCGCUCUCGGCUCUCGUCUAUCAGCACUCGAUCACACCCCUGGCACUGCCCUGCAGGCUCAUCAUACCGGACAUGGAUCUUCAACAGACGGAAUUCACAUCGCCGGCCCAGCAACAGUUGCUUUCCCAAGGGGCCGCCUGUAAUGUCCUGUACUUGUUCACCUGUGAUACUGAGUCAUUGACAGGACCUCAAGCCAUAAGGAAAGCCGUCGGUUCACUGCUGUCCCUGCGGCCACUGCCGAAACCCACCCAAGUGCACUUCAAGGUAUCGAUCCAGGGCAUCACGCUGACCGACAACACUCGGCAGCUGUUCUUUAGGCGGCACUACGCGUCCAACAACGUUUCCUUCUGUGGACUUGAUCCGGACGAGCACCGGUGGAGCAUUCCGUCGAGCACGGGAGACAUCCCAGCGUCCAAGCGUAUUUUUGCCUUCGUCGCCAAACGGUCGCCGACCUCGGCGGACAACCAGUGCCACGUGUUCUGCGAGCUUGAGAACACCCAGCCGGCCUCGGCCAUCGUUGCGUUCGCCAACAAGGUCGUCCUGGGAACCGCUGCCAGUCAGCAGCCAGCUGUAACGAGAGCCAUCUAAGGAAAUGCUGAGCAGCUGAAUUAAUCGAGUCAUAUUUUCGUUACGUUCGUUCUUUAGUUUUUAUGCAAUAACCGCGAGUUGUUUUUUUUUAUCUGAAACUCAUCUACACACAUUGAUUUUAUCUAGGAUGGUAGAAUCCAACGGAAAAAGUUUGGAUUUAAAAUGAUUUUGAAGAUGAAAGAGUAUGACACUACUUAGAAGUAGUCCGGCUAACUCAAAAAAAAAAGAUAAAAGAACGGAUACAUUUUGAAUUUUAAGUUCUAACCAAGUUAGCGACCCCAGAUGCAACAUAUAACUGCAUGAAAAAAUGUAAUAAAUAGAGAUUUGAACACACAUCUUAGAGUAGUAUACUGCCGUUCUACGCAAGAAUGUCCCAUGUGACUUCUGGGUCAUUUUCAUUUUUUUGCUGGAAACGGUCUCUUUUUGUGUUAACUUUCGAAUAAAAACACAAACAAGUAUACUUUGUUCUGAACUUAUACGAAAUUUUCAUCAAGGUGAUUGUCUCUAUGUUGAUAGUUCUACGCAAGAAUGUCACACUAGAGAAAAUUCUAUGAAAAAUGCAAAUUUUAUCAAAAAAUUGUCUUAAGAUGAGUUCAAACUGUUGAAUUUAAUGUUAUUCACUGAAAAGAACACUAAAAUAGAGGGCAGAGGAGGAGCGAGAAGCCUUGAGUGUUUUAUUCAGAGAAAUUUUCACUAAACACUUUUCGAUAGGCACUACUUACAAGAUCCAUACUCAACUAUACAUUUUUAUAAACAAAGAGGAACGUAUUUCUCAAAUUGCGGUUUAGCAUGAGUUUUUGGCAAAAAAAUAAACUACGCAAGCUUUUAAAAUGAUAGAAAAAUUGUAGCCGUGUGACAGUUUUUCGUAGAACUAGCAUCGGCAUGCGUUCUGAUUCUACGCAAAAGUGUCACACGGAGCAUUUUUGGCUCUAAUUUGCUGUUUUUUUUUGUAGAGAAUGUAAUUUUUUUGGCAGAAAACAUUGUAAAAUGAUUAACUUGAACUGUUCACUACGAAAAAACUGUCGGUGAAUUUUUAGUUUGAGAGAAAAAUUGGAAAUAUAGCUGAUAUUUCAAUCGCGUUUUUCUCGUUUGCACGUUUUUCCACAUGGGACAAUCUUGCUUAGAACGGCAGUAUAGUCUUGAGCAAAAGUAACGGAUCAGAGGAUCCAAUUUUUGCAAAACUAGAAACCCACAUUCGAAAUAAACGCCAACACCCAAAACUCACACACACCGAAUCAUGUGAAGCCAUCACAGUGUAUUUAGUAACAAUGGUUUAAAUAAUCUAUAACAAACUCACAAAAAUAACUAUUUCGUUGUGAAAAAAAGGUUAAUAUUCUUAAAACCAGCAUUACACACAAGCAAAUUAAACAAAUCAUCAGCACACACACACUGGAAGAGUAUCGACUUGUAAUUAUCUAGCGCAAAGCAUGUAUAAAUGUAUUUGUAACUACGUCAGAAAUAUUAUUUAACAAUAAUAAAAUAUUUAUACAAACAAUAAAUUAAUAUACCACAGAAAAAAAAACUCACGUAGUUCAUCUUUUGUUGUUUUUGUUUGUUUUCCAUUAUUUCAUUUUCACUAAUUUUUCCGCACCGAAAUUGGCCCUUACAUCCUUUAUUUUGGCACUCUCUCUUUUAAUUUAUAAUAUUGUUUUUUUUUUAUACCGCAAACAAUCAUUUUGUAAUUGUUUUAAUCGAUUUUACUUUCUAUUUCCGCUACUACCACAAAACUAAAAUCGAUAAUUUGGAAAAAAAAAGUUAAUACAAUCAAACACCUACACACUGCGAAGAUUAAUAAAUAACAAACGAACAAAACAAACUAUUAAUCCCCAACAAUGCACUUUCUUCUUCUAUUGUGUACGGCAGCAAUCUUCAGGUUUUUUUUAUUUGCGGCUUACGACAAUCUCACGACAAUCUGUGACACUGCUUUGCUCUGGACUUGUGUUCAUUUUAGUUUGCUUUUAACACCUUCAUGCUAUUCUACCAGUUAGUUACCAAAUGCGAAAGAUUUAACAUUUUGUAAGUAUAUGUAAAAGGAAUUCAAAAAAAUUAUACCCAUGCGUUUUCCUUAGCCAUUUUUCUGUUGUGGAAAAUCGCUUUGUGAGAGUGUCCAGUGCUACGUUUUAGCCGAAAAAAUUGGAAAAUUCUAAAUUAUGCCUAACAUGGUACAGGGUGCUUUUCAACGGUACCCCAACUUAUUGUAGGCACAGUUGAGAAGCACGCUAUACAUUAAGCAAGGGGAAGCUAAAUUCUUACGUGGAUUUUUUCGCUUUGUGCGCCGUUGUCAAAGAAGAAAAAAGUGUUACGAAACAAUGAUACCAAUUUUAAACUCCUCGAUGCAAUCGACUAUGGUUAAAUAGACCUUUCUUUCGAGAAAAAAAAACCAACCCAAAAGAAAAAAACGAAUCACGAACGACCAAGCUAAGUUAUGUUGAACUUGCGCGGCUAUUUAAUUAAGAAUAACUUGACGAAACACCUCUGCAAUAAUUGCGCACGCACAUGUUUAACGGAAGAGACAGGCAUGGGGAGAAAAUAUUAACCGAAAAAAGUAUUAAAUCAGACAAUUGAAAAGUGUUAGAAGAAUUUUGAGCACACACUUACUUACACAUACACACGUAUAUUAACAGAAAAAACAGCAAUUGUUUACCGAGUUGUUGAGAUAAAGGUUUGAAAACUAUCGUUGUGCCUAAUAAAGUGUAGAAGCGGAGUUGAAAAUAA